UUUAAUCGGCCCAAGUUUCGUUCAGUAGUAUCACCAGUAUUGGCAGGCCAACACGUCGACUUGAGAAAACUUUUUCUCAUUUCCUCUGCCAAUGCUAUCUAGCUGUAUACACAGCAAAUUAUACGAGUUCUUCAUUUGACAAAAGCUUCAUCUAAACUCACUUUAGGGGGUUUUAAAUUGUUACUUAUUUAGUAUUUAGUUAAUUUAAAAGUAAUUAUUAGAUGGCAAACAUGUUGAUAAGGACUAGACAUCUACAGUGGAAACACCGUGUUGCAGUGAUAAUAAGAGUGGUUCUUUUCUUUGGUAUACCAACUUGUUACUUGUUGUUUGGGGGCAGUGCAGACGGCGGCGAUGAUAUUCAGCCGGUUGGGAUAGGAGAGCGAGUGCCGUCGCGCCACUUGAUGGCGACGGCUCUGGACAAGGGGAAGAACUGCACCCCGGCGGCCAUCUUGGAGUUCCCUCCCGACGGCUUCACUCGCUCUCAGAGGCAGCACGGUUUUAUAUUUAUUCAUUGCCUAGUGGCCCUGUACGGGUUUCUUCUAUUAGGAGCUGUUUGUGAGGAGUAUUUUGUACCAGCCAUAGGAAUCAUAUGUGACAAGCUAAACAUGGCGGAAGAUAUAGCAGGGGCCACGUUUAUGGCAGCGGCGAGUUCUAGUCCGGAGCUGUUCAUCAACUGUGUGGGGACCUUCGUGACUGAGGGAGACCUGGGGGUGGGUGCCAUCGUGGGCUCAGCUGUCUUCAACGUGCUCGCCGUGCCCGCCUGUUGCGGCAUACUCGCUAGUAAGGCGAUAGACCUGGACUGGUGGUCGGUGUCUCGGGACUGCCUCAUGUACGCCGUGGCCGUGGUGGCUCUGAUCCUAACACUGCUGGACGACAUGGUCUGCUGGCAAGAGGCACUGCUGCUUGUCCUCAUGUAUAUCUUCUACAUACUUGCCAUGGUGUUCAAUGGAAAGCUGUCACGUUUCGUCCGAAGUGGGUGCUGUGGAUUCAACAAGCCCAAGCCGUAUACGGAAGUUACGCCUCUGUUGGCUAAAGAAAAAGCAUUGGCAUCUCCUCGUUUCGUGAAUGGGUCUUACGCACAGUCCAACCUAGUGAACGGAUCUUCGUACACCAAUUUGAACGGCGCUGCCCAUCAUCACAUGGAAAAUGGCACGGCUGUGGACGCGGAGAAGCGAAGCGUUGGUAGCGAUUUAGAAUCAAGUACAGAGUCCAUCUGGAGCUGGCCGGGAGAUAAGUCCUCGACAUUCUCGAAGCUGUACUGGAUGGUGACGUGGCCCAUCAGGUUCCUGCUGUGGACCUCCAUCCCUGACUGCCGGAACCACCCCAACCUCGUCGCCCUGUGUUUCAUGAUGUGCAUCGCGUGGAUCGCCACCGUGUCUUAUUUGGAGGCGUGGAUCAUCACUGUUAUUGGAGACACGCUGAAUCUUCCAGACAGCAUCACGGGCCUGACGAUACUGGCGGCCGGCACCAGCCUCCCUGAAGCCAUCUCCAGUGUCGUAGUCACCAACCAAGGCCACGGCUCCAUGGGUAUCAGCAACUCCAUAGGCUCCAACACGUUCGACAUCCUGCUGUGUCUAGGCCUGCCGUGGCUGAUCAAGUCGCUGUUCUACCCCGCCACCCCCGACCAUCACUGGGUGACGAUAAAUUCUAGCGGCAUCUCCUACAGCGCUAUAUCGCUGCUUUCCACCCUUUUUGCGCUGUAUGGCUGUUUAGCGCUGAAUAAGUUCAGCCUGGACUGGCGGGUUGGGGUCACCUGUGCUGUGAUAUAUCUGGGCUUCGUCAUAUUGGCAGCGCUGCUAGAGCUCAAUGUAUUCUUUGUUGUCAAUCUGCCUGUUUGCCCGCAUUAGAAUUAAGUAAGAACUACACAGUCUUAAUUAAGGUGUACUUAAAGACAUGAAUGAGGUGAUAAAACUAUCUACUGCAUAAUAUUUUUUUUUACUAUUAAAUGACUAAAAACACAAAUUUUGAAAUGGGACGUCUACCUAAUAAAACAUAGGUACAAUAAAAUAGUUUAUAGUCAUAUAAAUUUAAGAAAGAAAAUAGAAAUUGAAGUGUUGUUAUUUGCAGUGAAAUUAAUGAAUUUGCGAUUUGUCCUCAUAACA